AUGCUCAGGGCAGGACUCCUAUACACGUGGCAUGCCAAGACGGGCGCAUUGAACGUGGACUUUCUUUUAUCGAACGGCGCCAGCGUCAACGAGACCGCCACCGAGGCGCAAUGGACGCCGCUUCACUGCGUCACGUGCGGGAGUGCACCUCCACGCUGCGAAGACGUGAAUCCACGGCUUGAAAUCGCGAAAGUACUUCUCAAUUAUGGAGCAUAUCUUCAAGCAACUGUCUUGGAUGGUCGAAUAGCACUUCAUUGUGCGGCGCAGAAUGGUUAUGUUGAGAUCGUGCGGUCCUUGAUUGAGCAAGGCGCAGACGUUUGCGCUGCAACAACAGGCGGAGAAAAGAUCCUGCAUUCAAUAUGCUCGAUCGGAAACUGCCCCCAGAUUCCUGAGCGGAUAUCAACCCCAGAGAUGCUUCUUGACCGUGGUGCCAAUGUAGACGCCGGAAACGAAACGGGGCAACACCAUUGUAUCUUAGGCUUGAUGGCUGGAAGCGCAAACCUCUUCACUCUGCUUGUGCAGUAG